CCAAGACUCUAAAUUCCCUCCACCUGGCCUCUGCGCAUCUGCAAAUGUAUUUGGGUCCGAGUUCAACUGAAUAACGGCUCCAGGACGCCUUGUUCUAGGGCAGGGCGGCAAUUGCUCGUUAUAGGUUGACAGACUGCGUCCAACAUGUUUCCAUUUCCCUCAAACUACAACAUUCCAAGCGGGCGAGCCCUCCAACACCUUUUUGAGGCUCGACACGGUGCCGCUGUUCAAGAGGAACACUCAGAUGCAGACCGUUCUAUUGAUCGGAAGGCCCUUCUGAUACACCUCAAGAGCUGCAAACUUGUCAGAGACGGGCAGUUAGACCUUGGCAGAGGGGAGGACUUCCAGUAUGUGCUCUCAGGCCACGACGCGUUCCAAAACUUUCAGCGCAGUAAUUGGGAGUUUCCUCAUGCACACAGGGAUCCAUAUGACACAGAUACAUUUGGGUUGCUAGCAGACGACAAGAAGCGGGAGCUCAGGGCACAAGCACGUGCUUCCAAGGCCAAGUACAGAAAGAAUUUAUUAGAGGAGUACAAAACCGUGUUUGACAUCCAGGGUCUGCCGCAUGGAUGGAUGCAGUCAAUCGGCAAUGCGUUCAGUGAAAUUAGAGACAGCUCCCACAACCAGUGUGGCAAGCCACUCGAGAGAGAUCCGAAGCCAACGCCCGAAGGCGGCAUUUGGAACCAGCUGAAAAAUCUACAGCUGCUCGCGUGCCUGAAACUAAAGCUUGUCCUGGAUGAGCUAUUCGAGAUCGUCUGCUGCGGGCCGAAGGUGGCGGAGGCGUUUGACGAAGAUGAUAGUCGGGGUUCAGUUUGCAAGCACGCCUCCAGGGCCCUCACGCCGUUCCUGCCGCUGUGCUCAAACGUGCAGCUGCGCGAAUUGCUGCUCCUAUUGGGGGCAUGGGAUGAAGGUGAAUAUGUACGAAACUAUGCAAAGGACAUGUUUGGUGCUUGGGACAUCCCCUCUGAGUGCCCCUGGUUGUGGGAUGUCAUUUUAGAAACCACUGCCAAUAUCAGAGACAAACGUACCGAAGACUAUGUUGACGGCCUGACGCCUAUCCUCUCACAAAGCGAGCCUUGGGGGGGCCCAAUGCAUCAAGAGCAUGCAUUGGCUUGCGCGGCGUUGCUUUGUCGAGACGACUUUGGCAUAGAAAUGAUUCGAGCUGAGGAGGGAGAAGAAGGUUACAGGGGGAGAAUUGGCUCCAGGUGCUCGAGGAACGCUGCUUUUGUCAGCGAACUGAAAAGGGUGGGGUUGGAAGAUGCAGACAACUUAGUGAUGAAGGCGGCCAACAUGGACGCGUAUGCCUUCCAGAUGGACGGCAACUACCUGACCUCGAUCAAGAAAACCUGGGCGAGAGAGGAAGCCCGCCGGCGGUGCAUUGCGGAGAAUGCGGAUCAGGUUCAACGAUGGCUUGACGAAACAGGAGGGCAUCGUCAAGUCACACCACAGGCCCGCUCAAAAGAAGCCCUCGCGGCCGCUCGAAGGCGCGCCUUCGAAGAAGCUGUAAACCGCCUGCUUACGAAGGAAACGCCAACGGUUGCUGACGUCAGGCGGGAGCUCGCUGCUUACGAGAGCGCGUGCAAUGCCCUUGAGGCCAGCUCUAGCGGAGGGUCCGACCAAGCCGCAUCAUCGGGCGUGGAGGCGCCGGAAGCGGCCCCACGUGAUGUACGGACGCCCAAGGUGUGCGAUCACUGUGGGGAGAGGGCGUCAGACGGGAAAAAGCUCCUGCGCUGUAGCGACUGCCGGAAGGCAAGAUACUGCGGGAAGGAAUGUCAGGCAGCCGCCUGGCGCUCUGGGGGCCACAGAGAAGCGUGUAAGCGGCAAGCGUCUUCAGCCACUUGA